AAUCGAACACACCGUAAACUCAAUACCACGUCACGCAGCGGAGCCGUGUCUUGUAUCACUCGUUUUGUGUCAGUUAGCCAGCGGAGACCAACUGGCUACUCAGAGAUGUUUCAUUUUCCCGGACAAGCUGGAUUUUAUCUGCUUGUUUGUCAUGAUGAUAAAUGAGCAGAAGAGGACGAAGCAGCGGAAUGGGCCCACUCUCUCUCCAUCAACUGCCUGACUUAAAAACCAAUAAGUAGAGGAAAAUUUGUAUCAUGGGAAGGAUCAACUUUUCGUGCCUUUUCCCGGCCUCAUGGCAUUUCAGCCUGUCAUGCCAAGUUCUUCCUCGGCUUCUGAUACCUUCCUUUAGACAGCUGCUCUUCAUUGGUUUGGUGAUCUGCCUCAUAGGAAUACUCUACCUGCUGUUUGUUGGGGGAAAAGGACAUGCCAGCUGGAUCAAUAAGGAAAACCACUUCCACAGGCACCUGGCAAGGGUCACUGAUGUGGAUGUGAUGGAUACAAGCAACCCCAACCUGAACUAUGGUUUGGUAGUGGACUGUGGCAGCAGUGGCUCCAGGGUAUUUGUGUAUUGCUGGCCACAACACAACGGUAAUCCACAUGAACUGCUAGACAUCCGGCAAAUGCGAGAUCAACACCGUAAGCCAGUGGUUAUGAAGAUCAAACCUGGUAUUUCUGAGUUGGCUAAAACACCUGAGAGAGCCAGUGAUUAUAUAUACCCACUUCUUAGCUUUGCAGCUCAACACAUCCCCAAAAAUAAGCACCAGGAAACACCCUUAUACAUCCUUUGCACAGCUGGAAUGAGAAUCCUGCCAGAGAGUCAACAAGAAGCACUCCUUGAGGAUCUACGCACAGAUAUUCCAGUCCACUUCAACUUCCUCUUCUCUGAUUCCCAUGUGGAGGUGAUUUCUGGAAAACAAGAAGGUGUUUAUGCGUGGAUUGGAAUAAACUUUGUCCUUGGAAGGUUUAACCAUGUGCACAAUGAUGGGGAACCUGUUGUGGAGGUACAUGUUCCAGGCAGUGAUCAACAGGAAGCACUGAUGAGGAAAAGGACUGCUGGUGUCCUGGAUAUGGGCGGUGUCUCCACACAGAUUGCAUACGAAGUGCCCAAAACUGUAAGCUUUGCCUCUCCACAGCAGGAGGAAAUUGCCAAGAACUUACUGGCCGAGUUCAACUUAGGGUGUGACGCGCAUCGCACUGAGCAUGUUUAUCGUGUUUAUGUGUCCACCUUCCUGGGUUUUGGGGGAAAUGCAGCACGCCAAAGAUAUGAGGAAAGCCUCAUAAGAGAUACUGCUGUUCGAAACAAGCUUUUAGGUCAGCACAUUGGAGAAACGGCAGAGUCUCCCCUUCUGGAUCCCUGUCUUCCCCCUGACCUGCAGGAUGAGAUCGGACCACCUACGCAGAGGCUCAUCCUGCGAGGCACAGGAGACUUUGAACAGUGCAGACAAAUUCUCCAGCCAUUCCUCAACCGUACCAAUGACACCCAAACCUCCCUCAGUGGCAUCUACCAGCCAGCAAUUGACUACAGCAAUAGCCAGUUUUAUGGUUUUUCAGAGUUCUACUACUGCACAGAGGAUGUGCUGCGCAUGGGAGGGGAUUAUAAUGCUUCCAGAUAUGCUCAGGCUGCCAAGGGCUAUUGUGCCACCCAGUGGAAGACACUGAAGGAACGUUUUGAUUCUGGCUUGUAUGCCUCGCAUGCAGAUCUUCACAGACUAAAGUACCAGUGUUUUAAAUCAGCGUGGAUGUAUGAAGUGCUGCAUGCAGGUUUCUCUUUCCCAACAAAUUAUAAAAACCUGAAGACUGCCCUUUUGGUCUAUGAUAAGGAGGUCCAAUGGACUCUUGGAGCUAUACUUUAUAGAACACGGUUUCUACCUUUGAGGGAUAUCCAGCAGGAGAGUCUGAAAGGAGCACACUCUAACUGGCGGCACAGCUUUUCCUUUGUCAACAAUCACUAUUUAUUCCUGGCGUGUUUCUUCAUCGUUCUGCUUUCCAUUAUACUGUACUUACUGCGACUCCGCCGCAUUCAUCGGCGUGCAGUGCAGCUCUACACACCCUCCUCUGCCCCUUGGUUGGAAGAAGGCCUUGGCUCACCAACACUUCCCAUCAACCUCUGAACAUUGUACAUUCUGGAAGACAUUUCUGGCUUUCCUAAACUAGCUUUCACUCCUCCUCUAUGAGCGGUCGUCUCUUUCCUCUGUGAGUCUUUAAAGGUCGCGUCCCACAGUGUGCUAAAUGAUGGCAUUAGAAUUUGGGAAAAAAAUAAGAAAAAUCUCUAACAAGUGUUGAGACUUAUGUUAAAAUAGUUGCUUAAAUUAUUUUUUCUAGUUUUCAAAAGUCUUUUUUUUCAUAAUUUUGCCUGCUGCCUGUGUUGUCUAAUGGCAGCUGCUUCUAAGUGUCCUUUUUAUUUCUAAAUAUAAACACCAUGGUACUUAUUUCUCUGGUUAAUCCAUACCCAAAUAAAGACAGUUGGUACUUUGAAUUUCACAGUUAAAUACCAUACUGAUAUUUAAUUCAGUUUGCCUUUGUACUUUUUUUUUUUUUUUUUUUACAUGUGUAAUAACAUAUUUAGCUGUUUUUAAAUAAGCAACACUGUUUCUACAGAAACCUCAAAUGCAAUAUGAUGUAUACUUAGUGGAAGAAGCACUUUGCAAUGCAGUUGAACUGCAUGUUCCAGCUGGAAUGUUGUUAUUUUUGUUUUGUGUGUGUACCUUUUCACAGAUGUUCUGCAUAUUUAUGUUCCAAGAAGAAGGAAAAAAAAGUCUUGACAUGUUACCCCAGUGCAAUACAAGUCUUGUCACUGUUAGGAAAUUCUCCAAAACUCAUCUGGCAUUUUUAUAUGAGAACUGAUCUCUCUAAGGCUCUCCUGAAAUACUUUUGAGUUGUGUGACAAUUAAGUUAGAAACUUGUUCAGGUACUUAAGUUAAGCUUCAUUUUCAGAAGCGGUCAUAUCACUGCUGUGAGGUGAUUGUAAAUUAAAGCAUGUGCCCUGUUAUUUAAAACAUCUAUUGAAAUAUUUUCACAUGUGGAUGUGAAAUAACUGUUGUAACACUGCAAUACAGUAAUAAAGGUUUUAUGGGAUA